UCACUAGAAAUGCGUUUCAUCGUAGCUCUGUGCCUCUUCGCCAUCGUGAUGUGCCUUCACAAUGCUGAAGCCACAUACAGGAAGCCCCCUUUCAAUGGAUCCAUAUUCGGCAAGCGUGGUGUUGUUGAAUACGACUCGACCGGCAAAGCAUUGUCGGCGUUAUGCGAAAUUGCCGCUGAAACCUGCCAGGCGUGGUACCAAGCCUUAGAAAAUAAGUGA